AUGGGAAUUGCUCCGAACACAAGCCGAAAACUCGACAGGCUGGCCGCCACGCACCACAGAAUACCACAAUUCGUGGGGCCGAGGGAAGCUUGGAAGACUGUCCUGAAGGUGACAGAGGGGUUGUCCAUUGAUUUGAUCCAAGAGCUCCGCGAUGAGGCAACCUGGCAUAUAGAGGCCAUCGACGACUCCUUACAGUAUAUUGCUACAAAAGUUGCCUUGUUAGAAGCGAUCGAGGCGAGUGAUCUGAGGAUUUGCAAUGGACGUGAAAGCUCCGAACACAUUGCCGUUUACCUCUGCACACCUAAUAGGGUGAUGCACCUCCCCUGCACCGUUCUGCUGCUCCAUUCGAUGCAUCGAACCACCUCGAGAUGCAGCUUGACUGUACCAGUGCCAGGGUCAAACGCGAUGGCUCUCGUCGCAAACGAAGCGACCCCUCUACUGGGGGGACAGGAGAAACGUAGCCGCCUGACUUCGAGUCAAAUGCUGGCACUGCUUGUUUUCCUCUUGACUCUCGUCAUCUGUAUCCUGGGCCAUUUCCUCCCUCUCGUCCUCCUUUUCUACACAUCAACCAACGAGGCUUGGGUUGAAAGGAUCACGAUUGCCACUCCUUACUUCUUGGAUUCUCUUUGGGAUUAUUCCGUGGAGUUGGUCUUGGACUACACGUCCUUUGAAGCCCUUAGAAAAGAUGCAGCUCCCACGAGUGCCACCGAUGUCGAGGCAACAAUCGACCCGAGGGAAGCAAAAGUCGACCUGACGGAGGCAGCAACCGACCUGACAGAGGUAACAACCAAACCGAAGGAGGCAGCAAUCGGCCCAAUGCAGAGGACCAUCAGGAAAUCCGACGCGCCCAAUGCCUUCCUCAAGGGCUUCCUGCUGAAAGUGCCGUCGAUCAUCGCCAUGAGCGCGACGAACCUCCAAACGCAGAUGUGCUUCCUAUACGCGCUACUCAUCAGCGUUCUCGUCGCAGUCGUCCUCGGGCUGGGCUUCUACUUGAUCUUCUCUCCGCAAGCCAAAAGUACCCAGCACGCCAAGGCAGCGAGGGAUGACGCAACGUAG